GAGCUGCCUUUCAGUAUCGCCUAUCAGUGCCAGUCACUGCCGCCUAUCAGUGUGCAUCAGUGCCUCCUAUCAGUGCCCGUCAGUGCUGCCUAUCAGUGCCACCUAACAGUGCCAGUCAGUGCACCUAACAGUGCCAGUCAGUGUCGCCUAUCAGUGCCAGUCAGUCAGCCUAUCAGUGCCACCUAUCAGUGCCAUCAGUGCCUCCUCAUCAGUGCCCAUCAGUGCCACCUAUCAGUGCCCAUCACUGCAGCCUUAUUAGUGCAUAUCAGUGAAGGAGAAAAAUCACUUAUCUACAAAAUUUUAAAA